AACCCUAAGCACUCGAGACCCGAGACCCCAACACGAGGGCUCUUUGAGUGCAGCAGAAAGCAAAUCCUCCCCAAUCUUCUGCCGACUGAAGUGACGUCCACGGUGAACCUGCAUCAUGGUGAAUUUGCAGAGUGGCGCCAGUGCCUUCUCAAUCACUCUCGUUCACUCGGUCUGCCGGGGCUCAGAGCUCGAUCUCGUAACUCGCUGGGGGAGACAUUUUGUCCUGGGGCAGGCCUGAGGGGAAUUGACGUCGCUCCCUUCUGCUCGCGACCAGAAACCGGGGAGUGCUGCUCCAGCACGGCUCAUCCACUGAACUGUACUUGAGGAGUGGCCCUCAAGGUCGAUUACCUUCGUGCCCAAUCCGGGCAAGAGCUCAAGAGUGCCCCGCAGGGUAAGCAGCCUUCAUGACGGUGCCUCUGCCGAACGGGACGCCCGAAGCCCUGCCGACGGACGAGCAGACGAGGGAAUUUCUGGAGGCUGCGAGGUAUGGCGACCUGGAGGAUCUGCAAGCAAUUGUAGCGCGAGGGAUCAUCGUCGACUCGUCGGACGAGCAGGGGCGCACGGCGCUGCACAUGGCGAGCGCCAACGGGCACUUGCCGGUCGUGCAGUUCUUGAUCGCCCAGGGCGCGGACGUGAAUUCAAAAAACGCCGAGGACAACACGCCGCUGCACUACGCCGCCGUCAACUGUCACGUCGCCGUCGUCGAGCAGCUCAUCGCCCAGGGCUCCGAUGCGUCUGCCGUGAACAAACACGACCGCACGCCGCUGGACGAAGCCCUGGGAAGAAAUAGCGACGCCGUCGUCCAAGCCAUCAACACCGCCGUUGCGACACACGCUCUGGGAUCCAACUCCCUCAGCACUGUCGACAUGAUUGACGAAGAGUGACGAGCUUUGUGGCUCUCUUCUUCUUCUUGGGGCGGACUCGACGAAUUCGUUUGGAAGCUCACAGAGAUUCGAGCAGUGCACGUUGUACGAGAGUCAGUGCAUUUGUAGAUAAGGGUGAAACCUUGAUAAGUUUCUCCAUGGUCAAAGUGAAUGUCGUGUCCCGUCUACUCCGGAUUGAUUUUCUCAAUGACAUUGAUUUCGGCAUAGAGCGUGGCAUUGGCAUG